AUGGCAAAAGUCCCCGGCUUUGCCUUUUGCCAUUGGCCGUAUCAUUGCGGCUUUCAUCACUGUUCUGUAGCGAAGAUUCGUGUUUCAGGUGAGAGUCAUCGUGACCUUUGGUCACACAUCCCCCACGCCUUCUGGGAUAGCGAUGCCUACAAGACAACAGAGGCAGCCUGUAACUUGCUGCUCACUCAGCCAAACGACAAUAUGCUUCGCGUCGUGGAGGACACAGUCGAAAUGAUUCGCGAAACCCAACACCCUGAUGGCUUUCUCAAUUCUUUCUAUACGGUACGUGGCGUUGAAAGCCGAUGGACCAACCUGCGCUACCUCCACGAGCUCUACUGCCUUAGCCACCUCGGUCGCCUGCUUGAGGUGGAGAUUAGAUCCAUACAUCACAUGGACCCGGUCUUUGGACGUGAGAAAAGCAAAAAGCGCGGGUAUCCGGACCACCAGGAGAUUGAGUUCGACUUGCUUCGUCUCGACGAUAUGACGGGCGACCUACUAGCUCUCAAGCCAAUCACACACAACGACAACGACGAGACAUGUUUCCAUCACGAAACACUUGCACGUGGUGCUGAUCCGUACGGUGGGCUGGGUAGCGAUGUUAAGGGCUGGUUUCAUGGACCUCCAGAUUACGCAUACAACCAGGCUCACCGGCCCAUCGGCGAGCAGACCGAAAUCAGAGGGCACGCCAUACGCGCAAUGUACUACUACACGGCUGUUGUGGACCUUGUUCGUCGCCAGGUCACGUCGGAUCCCGAUGUGGUCGAGUGCAAGCAGAUGUACGUCACGGGUGCUGUUGGUGCCUACCAUCAGACCGAAGGGUUUGGCGAAGCCUUCGUACUCAACGAUCUCGAGAUGGAGAGCUGCUACGGCGAGACUUGCGCAUGCUCUGCACUCAUUAUAGAGCUCAGACCCGAGUACGCGGAUGUCAUGGAGAAGUGCCUGUACAAUGGCUUCCUCGGCGACAUCAGCUCAGACGGCGCGGCGUUUUACGACCAGAACGCAUUACGCACCAGGGCGGGACAGCCCAAGGAGCGUGAGCGCUGGUUCGCCUGCUGCUCUCAUGUGGCCAAGCUCGUCGGUUCGCUGGGUUCUCUUCUCUACUCGACCGAUGAUAUUAAGGGCCUCAUGGCGGUUCAUCCGUGCGUACAGAGUGAGGUUGAACUGAUGCUGGCAGAUACUGAGGUCCGUCUCUCGCUCUCGAAAUCAGCCCAUCAGCUGUAUGCACACCCUAGGACGGGCAAGGAUGAGGUCUGCCUUCGCCAGGGACUGCUAGCGUACUGCCUGGAAGAUAUGGAAAACGCGGGCAUCCAUAUUGACCACAUCGCUCUGGGGAACAAGCGAGCACUGAAGGAGGGGUCGCCCGUAUAUAUUGCGACCACGCAUGGUGUGACUCCCUUACUGGUCACGGGUCGGAAGCUGAUGCACGUAGGCGUUAUGACGGGCAAGCCGAAUCGGCUUCACGGACCCAAGGCCUGGGAGUAUGAUGUCGAGCCGCUGCAACUCACAGUCACUCCGUACUUCCUCCUCGUCAAUUGCGGUGGGAACGGCACCAUGCGGGUCUGGACGCCAAGGUUCAAGAUCAGUUAG